AUGACCUCGGAGCAAGAACCCGAUCUGAUGGCUUUUACGGAGACUUGGCUAUCCUCGGAUAUUUCGGACUCAGAGGUAUUUAUUCCAGGGUAUCAACUAUCCCGUGCGGAUCGUCUAGGAUGGAGAUCCGGGGGCGGUGUCGCACUUUACUGGAAGUUAGACCUUAAAGUUCACACAGUGGAAGCCAUGUGUGAUCUCGAUGGAGGAUCGGAAAUUCUUUGGAUUAGGGUUCACGAUGGGUUCCGACCGCUCAUAGUCGGCGUUAUCUACAGAUCCCCUUUGGGGUCAGGAUCCCACCUGAUAGACUCUAUGAGGAUACACAGGGGAGGCAAAGAUUGUUUGAUUGUGGGUGACUUCAAUGCUCCGGCCGUAGACUGGGAUGCGCUUCAUUGUAAUUUAUCUCCAGACUCUUUUGAUACGCGUUUAUUAGAAAUAGUCCUCGAAUGUAACCUAACGCAACACGUUUUAUCCCCUACCCGUUUUUUUCCAGGCCAUGUGCCACACAUCCUUGAUCUUGUUCUCACACCAAGCUCAUCAGAUGCUUCCACUCUAGCCAUUCUUCAGCCUCUUUGGAAAAGCGAUCACUGUGUAGUCUCCUUUUUCUGGACACGACAGUUAGCUAUCAAUGUCCAAGGAGCGCACCGCCGAAACUUCUGGCGAACUGACCCCCUCCGCUUAAAAUUGGCUGCCGGCCUCAUGGACUGGAACAUCCCUCAUCAGUUGGAUCUCGAUGCUGCUUGGGACCUUUUGUGCUCCAAGAUGAUGUUUAUCAUUGACCGGGUUGUUCCAAGGGUUAGAAAACAAUUUUUCUCCAAAGGGCCCCCAUGGAUAGAUCGGGAAAUCAAAUCGCCCAUGAUGAGAAGGCGGAAACUUUGGGGCCGGUUCAAGUUCACUCAGACGGCACAAGAUUACGCGCAUUACAAAGAGGCUAGAAAUUUAUGUACCCUGAGAAAGCGUGAGAAGCGAGAACUAUAUGAGCAGCAUCUGGCCGAGCAAUCUGUGCUUAAUCCGAAAAAGCUUUUCGCAUACUUAAAAAGAAGCACCAAAGCUGGCAACGGUAUACCCGCACUGUAUUCAAGCAAAGAGGACACCGUGCUUCAUGAUGACAUGGCGAAAGCUUGUCUACUAGCUUCGCAAUAUUCUUCUGUGUAUACGACGGAGGCGACAUUAGUUGUUGAGGACACUCCCUGUCACUCCUCUCCAUUAGAGCAUGUUGAAAUUACCACUGACAGAGUAUUGGAACUACUUCUUGACUUGAACUCGAAUUCUUCACUGGGUCCCGAUGGCUUACAUCCCCUGUUCCUCAAAGAGGUGGCGGAGUUCAUUGCUGCACCAAUUUGUCAAGUAUUUCGUAGCUCACUUGAAGCAGGUCGUCUCCCAACUAAAUGGAAAGCAAAUGUUGUGAAACCGAUGUACAAAGGUGGGAAUCGCCAAGAUCCUGUGAACUACCGACCGAUUUGCCUGUCAUCAAUCCUCCGUAAAACCACGGAAAGGAUUUUGAAACAGGCCUUGCACCUUCACCUUGAGAAAUUGGACGUCAUCUCUCCUGCUCAACACGGAUUUCGGAGGGCACGCUCUUGCAUUACCAAUCUGCUUGUUGCCCGAGAAAAAUGGGCGCAGUCAGUGGAUGCUGGUCAUCGCCUUGACGUAGUUUUU